GCUGGGCGGAGCGAGGCGGGCAGGCGGAGGAGGCAGGCGGAGGGGCGGACCUGAAAGGGAACCGCCCUGGGCGAGCCAAGCGUCCCAUUUGUGCAGCCAGGAACGAUGGCGGAGCCCCCCAUAGAAGACGAGGGCGAUGAGGCUGCUCAGGGCCAAACGAAGCAGGAACAGGCCCAUCAGGCGGCCCUGGCAGCCAAGAACCUGGCCAUCUUGAAGGCCCGCUCCUUCGACGUCACCUUUGAGGUGGGGGACGAAUACGAAGUCAUCGAGACCAUCGGCACGGGAGCCUAUGGCGUCGUGAGCUCUGCUCGCCGCAAGGAUUCAGGCCAGCAGGUGGCGAUCAAGAAAAUCCCCAGUGCCUUUGAUGUGGUGAUGAACGCGAAGCGCACUUUGCGCGAGCUGAAGAUCCUGAAACAUUUCAAGCACGACAACAUCAUCGCCAUCAAGGACAUCCUGAAGCCCUCCGUGCCUUACGCCGAGUUCAGAUCUGUGUAA